AUGACCGCCCACGUGACGGUAGUCCUCAGUCACGUGACAUUAGCUCACCUCUGGUGGCAGGAACUGCUUCCCACGCCUCUCGCCUGCCCGCAGGAGCUGCCCGAGCCCCCGGCGCGGCUCGGCCCAGUGGUGAUGUCCGCUCCCCGGGGCGGCGCACUGGUCCCGGGAGAGGCCUCGGAGACGGACUCGGAGGCGGAGCUGGAGCUGGAGCUGGCGGCGCCCCGGGCCUCCCGGCCCUGCCUGCGCGGGGUGAAGGUGCCCGGGGAGGCCUCGGAGACGGACGACGAGGACGAGGGCGAGCGCGGGGUGGGCUCGGCCGCGGCGGCGCCCCCCAUCGGCAGCCUCACGGCCCAGCUGGGCGCGGCUCAGAGCGGCAUCAUCGACGCCUCGCACAGCGUCCGCCUGGCCCUCGAUGACCUGCGCGCCCUCGCCGCCCGCAUUGACAUCGUCACCGGCUGCAGCCUACUGCCCGACCUGCGCCCUGGCCUGCCGCCCGCCUGACCCCGCACAUGGCCUGCGGGUCGCUGCAAUCUCCGGCACGGCCAGGGUCCCAUCUCUGGCCUCCACUGGUUCCGCCCGCAGGCGCAUAGCACCAUCGGCAGAGCAGCAGAGUCCUACUGAAUGGACCAGAGCCAGGGGGUGAGGCCAGGAGCUGGGGGAUGUAGGUCCCCCUUGUCACCUGCCCAGGAUGUUUGCGGGCUGAGAGCAGACCCUCCCCUGGACGUUGCUGGGCUGCAGGGGAGUUGCUGGGAUGCCUGAGUCUGUGCUGAGCUGAUGGAAUAGAAGCAACCGUGGGUGUGACGUGUUUGACGCUCCUGAUUUCUGAGGUGCAGCCUCAUCACCUAGCUGUGACCCCCCAAGCCUGAGCGGGCUGCUUAGCAGGGCUGGGGCAAGGCUGGUUAGACUCAGGCUGGACCAGGACGGGGAGAGUGGACAGUCAGGGGAUGUGCCAAGGUGGGGGCUGCUUGUCAUGUGGCCACUGGCUCAUCUCUGUAGCCCAGAGAACUUCAAGCUGUAUCUUGCCAGGCCUGGAUCUAACCCCAUCCGUUCCCUGGGCCCCAGCAAACUGGCUCCUGUGCCUCCCCCGUUCACCCACUGUGAAGUGGACUGGGCCUUGGCAAUGCAGAUAAACAUCCUGGCAACUCUGCUUACGUUUCUCUGCUCCCACUUCUCCAUCUGGGAGGCACCCUCCUGGCUCCAUGUUGGAGCAGUUGCAGCAGGAGGUGGGAAAGGGGGCCCUUCCACAGCCUGGCCUGAACCGAGUUGCUUAUUGCACUCUCCUAGGGAAGGGAAAUGUGGGUCAGACAACUUCUUGUGCUGAGGCAGGCAACCCUCACCCACAGGCCUCCUGCUUUCUGGGCAAGGCCCCAAACAGGCAAGCUGUUCUGUCAAAAGGGAAUGGCACUGGGACCAUUUCCCCUCCGAAGGGAAAGAGCGAGUCAGCUGCCUGGACACAGGAGACUUACAAAUGUGGGAGUCUAGGUAGGGGGCUCAGUUUGAGUCCCACUGUACUUGGGCCAGUUUGAAGGGGGACAUGCAGCCCUGCCUCCAUCUUUGUCACUUCCUUUUGUCCAGCUUGCUAGGAGCUAGGCACUUAAACCUGACCAGGGUGCCUGCUUUCCUGUGCAGAGUCCAGGGAGUGAGCCCUGCCCUGAGGCACAGGAGCACUUAGCACACCUAUGCCUAAGGUUCUUUGCCCCCUCACUUUGCCAAGUCUAGGAAGCCCCUCCCCAUCCUCCUCCCUUUGGACAAUGGGUAUGGCUCACCUAUUUGAAAAGAAGCUAUAGACAAAUGAUGGGUCCUUAAUAACAGUGUUGUUGCAAAGCUUCAUUAUCAGCAUGUGCUGGGGUGGAGGCUGCCAACACCCUGCCCAGCUGGGAAGUUGGGGGUGAGGGAGGAGGCUCCCAUCCCCUGCCCUAGGGGGACAGCUCAUGCUGUUGGUUAUUACCAUGUGUACCAGACAUUGCCCAUUGCACUAGCCGUAGGACAAUGGGUGGAUUGCUCUGUUCCCACCAGCUGAGCAGCCAGGAAGCGGGCAGUCAGGGAACCUGAGCAGCUUCAGCUCUCCAGCACCUGCCCCCUGGGCUGGGGUGAGCCUGGGAGACUGCCUGCAAGCUGGACUCUAGGGGCUGAGCUCCCCAGCAGCCUGCCCACCAGGUACAAGGAGUUAGAUAGUUGGCAGGGAGGCACACAGUGGCUAGCUUGAUCUCUGCACACUUUUACAUGUGCUCCAGGAGGGCGUGGUGGGAGUGCUUUAAUUAGGGAGCGCUUUUAAUUAAAAGCGCUUGAGCAUCACAUGCAUCCGUGUUCCCUGCACUAAAAAAUAGUAGUGGGGUACUUUGAACUAAAGCUCAUUGAAUGCAAAGCACCCUGCUGCCAUUUUUCAGAGUGGGGACGCUAAUACACAGGAUGCCAGAGUCUGCUGGAAUGCAUUUAUUUCCAUGCUCCAGCAGACUCGAUUAUAGGACUGCACGUAUAUAGGAGCCCUCUGACUUCCCUCCCAUGGUUGGGAGAAAGUGACUUGCUCCUAGAAGGAGAACUGGUCCCUAGAUCCUUAUGCUGCUGCUUCUGUUCUGCCCCUACUGUUUCCACAAGGAGCCCAAACUGCACUUCUGCUCUGGGCAGGCCAUUGCCUCAGGCUGGCAGCAGAGCUGACAGGAAAAACAGCUGAAAGCACGUGACUUCCCAGAAAGGGAACCUAGCAGGUAUCUUGCUGCUGGGAUGCCAACUCAAUCCUGGUAGAGUGGGGCUCCCUGUGAACUUUGUGCCACUGGAAAUGCACUCCCCUCCCCCCCAUGUCAUAACCCCCUGGGAACCAGUUUGCAGUUGUCACAGGUCAGCAUGUAGAGCACUGAGCAUUCCAGAGAGAUAAGUUGUCUUUCAGGCAUGAAGAACUGCAUCUCGUCCCUGGGGACACGAACACACAGCAUGGCAGGCUCCCAGUGAGCCAGGGACUCCCUAAGCGAAGAGGAAAAUGCCAAGUGACUGGCUGCUGCAGUGACCUCAACCUCCAGAGCAAAACUUCCAAAUGUAUUUUUAUUACAAUGGCAAGUAGCAAUAAAUGAAAACCUUACAAAGAAAGUGUUCAGAAUCACACUGCACAUGCACAUGUUAUACUGCUCCUCAGUAAAGAAUAAGCUGCAACCAGUUUCCCCAUUCCUGAUGCUUCUCCUAGUCAGUCUGGUGAGCAGCAGAUUGAAUCCACCUCCUCUGGAGCUUCUGCAGGGAUUCAGUGUGCUGGUCUUAUUUUUUUUCCAGCAGGUAUCCAGAGCAGGAUGCCCCUCGGGCUGAGAGAAAAGUCAUGCAAAUCUCCCCUCAACUUACUUCAGCUCCUGAGACACUGGGCAGAUUCAUUCUUCCUCUGCUAGCAGGAGACAGAGUUCAUGCAGCCCCAAUAAGCUCAUGUUUUCCACAGGACAGUCCAUUACCAUCCCCCAACUCCUGCCCCUCUUCGCAGAGCAGUUUCUCACAACAGCCCCAGGGCGGUACGCACAGCAUGGCCACCAGCCACUGCAAUUUCUACCAACCUCCCUGCCCUGCCCCAGCACAGCAUGCUGAAGAGGGCCUCCCUGCCCUUCCUGAGAUGGACCCAUUUUCAACCAUGCCCUUCUCAAUGCAAGAGGGUUAUGGAUGCAGCCCUGGGGACGAGCGUAAGAACUGCCCCCCCCAAGAGUGCAGCCUUUGGCCCAGCUCUUCUCCCUGCCACAGACUCCCCAACUGGCUAGAAGCUGGCCCUGACUAAUACCAGAACAGUCUCCAAAAACUUCCAUCAGGGAGAUCAUGUGGGCCCCACAGGUUGCUGUCCCCACAGCUGUGACAGCUGCUGCAUGUUUGGGACAUGUGUUGGAAAUCCAGCCUCAACCAGUGUGAAUUGUCCACAUGGGUAGGGGUAAGCAAUGCCCACAGAAUGCCCUAAUGCAAUGGGGAAGAUUUCCCAAGGCACAAAGAGGAGGCAGACCUCUCCCAGCAAGACCCUCUCUGCCACCAUUGGGUUUCUACCAUUCUCAUGUCUUACUGGGAAGGGAGCUGGGAGUUGUGGAUCCCAUUCUUUGUAGAGGGCACAGGAGCUGCUGGCGUACAGCCCCAAGGAUUUUCUUCAGUGUCUGCAGGGAAAGGCAUCAUGACACGGUAUGAGCAAGGGAGACAAGGAUUUAUUAAAUUAAAACCAACAGAAUGCCAUAGCCACAACCUAGUACCCACUGACUGGCACCCCUGGCAAUGCCUGUGGGUGUGCUGGCUCCACAAAGCUGCUAACUCCAUUGCUAACCAACACUUGCAUCCAACCAUUCAAUUCCUGGUCCCUGUGCCAGCAUGAGGCUUACCAAAACUCAUGCAGUUGCUAUCAGUUCCUGCCCAGUGCCCCUUCCCUGACCAUGUUCCCAAGGCCUGUAAAUCCCAGCUGUGGACUUCCCAAGCACCAAGAGACAUUGCUGGUGAGUAACACAACCCUAAUUCAAGAUCAGAGGUGAUGGAGCUUCCUCCAAAGCUCAUCCAGCUUGUGUGAGGACAGCCACUUCUCUUCAUUUUCCAAAGUUCCCAUCCCUGUAAAUUAACCCAGUGCUUGAAAGCCAUCAAUGCAUGUAGGACUGGAGACACUUUUUGCACAGACCACAGGCUGCACAAUGCAAUUGUAAGGGGCACUUGAGUAGCUGAAGAGGAGACUAACCAAAGGCAGGAGUUUUGCAAUGCUGCAUACAGCCAUAGUUCUUGCAUGGA